UUUGUCCAUGAAGAAAAAUCAGGAGUGGCAGGAGUGAGCUCAGUGAGCUCAGUGAGGAAUGAACGACUGAAGAAGAAAACUAGAUUUUAUGUUUUCUGAAGCUUAAUAACCUUCUCAAUCAUCCACUGUGUUGAGCUGAACAGAUAAAUUCCAUCACCUCAGGGAGCAGAAUCUGGACACAGCAGUGUGAUGUAUAGACACAGAGUGGGGCCCUACGUGGUACACACGAGGCAGCCAAACUAUAGAAUUCAACGAUGGUUUGUACUGGUUUUUAUCCUGGUGCUAGCAAUACUUGUAUGUGUCAAGAUCUUUAAAUAUACAGAAAUUACAGUGGACAACCUAUUCAGUUUUGAACAUGAAAAACUUGAUCGUGAAAUGUCCGUCUUAGCCGAAACCUCCAUUGUCAGAGCGCCGCAGAAUCAGUGUAGUCUCGUGCAGACAUGUCCUGAUGAACACUUUCCCUUUAAGAUUGCCACUGGAGCAGCAAAUGUCAUAGGUCCAAAGAUCUGUUUUAAUGGACAGGUUUUAAUGGGUGGACAGACAAAACCUUGGGGACAUGGACUUAAUAUUGCAGUUGUCAAUGGCAUUACUGGUCAACUUAUUGAUGCUGAUUCCUUUGACAUGUGGAGUGAUGAUGUUAAGCCACUUGUAGAAUAUCUCACAUCCAUUAAAAUUGGCUCUCUUGUGCUGAUAGCGUCCUGUGAUGAUCCAGCAACAAGGCUUAACGAUGAUGCAAGGACACUAAUAAGUCAACUUGGCAGCUCACAGAUUUCAAACCUGAGCUUCAGAGAUAACUGGAUCUUUGUGGGAGGAAAAGGAAUCAACACUUUAAAGCCGUUGGAGAAGUAUAUAAAAAAUGACAAAACAGUGAACCUCUAUGGAGACUGGCCAGAGAUGCUGGAGAUGGAGGGCUGUAUCCCACGAAAACAAGAGUAACCUGAACCUGGACAGAAUCAAACCAGCGUCACACUCAUCCAUCCCAGCCAUGCAUGAGACCAAUUUGAAUUUCCUCAGAAACCCUGAUUUUACGUGUGACCAUAGUUCUUACCAAACUUUGCUGAUGUUAACCAGCUUAACCAGCUUGAGCUAGCCAGUUUUUUUCAGCAGAGAUGUUAUAUGACAUGCGUUGCAAAAAACAUAGUGUUUUGAUAAUAAUGUUUAAAUUAUACCUAUUGCCUUAUUUUAGUAAACUUACUGUUUAAAAAAUUAUUAACAGUCUGUUAAAAC